AUGGCGCCUUACACGUCGCCAAAACGCGCUUCCCCCGGUGGGCCACUGAAAAACGGAUCAAAGACUCCUCUCCAGGAUUCCGGCAAUUCGGGGGCCCCAGUCGACGACGGCUUAGGCCCUAUCGUUAAGAAAAGGAAAUACGUUCCAGGCGGCCCAGGUGGAGGAGGAAGAUACAUUGAAAUCGAGGUUAGGGAAACUCCGAAACAACCGAAGCCGAAGCCGAAAGCGAAACAACCUAAGUUGAGCCCCGUGAAGAGGACGAGUUCCUCUGCUUCUCGCACUCGGCAUCAGUUGAAAGAAGCAGAGUCAUCCGCACAAUCUGCUCAAUUACCUCCUCCUCCUCCGCCGCCGCCGCCAGUCCACGCCCCUACCACGCCCCCGUCUACGCGUCUCCGAAGAGAAAAGAGCCAGACCCGCGGACGAUUUGGGUCCUCAUCAACAGCGGCGGCGCUCGCUCUUCAGCAAGGCGAUGGCUAUAAACCCCGAGAAGAACGAGGCUGGGAGGAAUUCCAUCCCGAGUUAGAUAUCGAUGCUAAGUUCCCAGUGUUUCCUUCAACAGAGGUUGAUCGCCCGCCACCGUCAGCACAACUCGCCAAUAUACUAUCUCCGAACGGCCUUGACAAGACCAACGAGAAUGAUCCCGUCGCGGAGCUAAUCCGCGCUCAUACCAAUGGUACUGUUAAUACACCGAUUAAACGCAGGCCAGGACGUCCUCCGCGCCGCCCAGAGGCCAUCCUGCAGUCACUUGGCGUCUUCACCCCCCAGCCCAAAGUCGUUCCGCCUCCUGGUCCUAAUCCGCGCGAAAAGCUGACGCUACCGAAACCGUCGUUUCGAUUGAAAGAUCCGUUCACUUUCUAUGAUCGGCCUGGCGUGGGUCAGCAAAAUUAUGUGGACCGGACAAUGGCUAGUGUAGGAUACCAGGAGAGCGAUCUGUUUCUCCGCCAUGACCGCCGUUUGAUUCGAAUGCCUGAAGGUGCCCAGGAAGAUGACCUUGAUAUCGGCAACGCAUUACUCGGCGAAGGGGAGGUCAAUGCUGCUGUAGGCCGGGUGGAAUACGACAUGGACGAGCAGGAUGAGAAGUGGUUGGAGGAAUACAAUGCGAAGCGACGAGAGGAUCAAUAUGAACCCAUCAAACCGGCUGUCUUUGAAAUCACCAUGACAAAAAUUGAAAAGGAGUGGCACAGUCUUGAAAAACGCAUCCCCAAGCCCAAUCCGAAGCCUCCACAGACACAUCGCCCUCGAUCAAGCUCGGCGGCAGCCGUCAAUGGCGAAACGAUAGGUCCGGGUGAAGAUCAGGAUACCAAAUGUGCCAUCUGCGAUGAUGGCGACUGCGAGAACGCAAACGCCAUUGUGUUCUGCGAUGGCUGCGAUCUUGCAGUACACCAGGAGUGUUAUGGUGUUCCUUUCAUCCCCGAGGGCCAGUGGUUGUGUCGUAAAUGCCAGCUUAUAGGAAGAGGAUCACCGAAUUGCAUUUUCUGCCCGAACACUGAGGGUGCGUUCAAACAAACCACUACUUCCAAGUGGUCGCAUCUUCUCUGCGCUAUCUGGAUUCCCGAGGUUUCUAUCGGUAAUCCGUCUCUGAUGGAGCCCAUUACCGAUAUCGAAAAGGUUCCUAGGAGCCGUUGGAAGCUUCAAUGCUAUAUUUGUCGCCAAAAAAUGGGCGCGUCCAUCCAAUGCAGUAACAAAAACUGCUUCGUAGCGUUCCAUGUCACGUGUGCGCGGAGAGCUCAGCUUUACUUGAAAAUGAAGUCCGGCCACGGAAAUCUAGCGGUGAUGGACUCACAUCUAUUGAAAGCCUUUUGCGAUAAGCAUGUCCCCCCUGAAUGGCGUCGCGAACACGGGACAGACGCCGCCACAGCCGAGGCAAUAGAAUACUACCGCAAUACGAUGCGGGAUCGACAGUGGCCAGACAGUCAAGCUGCGGCUCUGUCGUUAGAGCCCGCCCGUCCACUUGGCGGCUAUCCGGACGACGAAGAUGGACCACGGACCCAUACACCACGCAUCACUCUUACCGUUGGGGGCAAUAAACGAAAGCGACCCAAUGCCCCCAGGACAAUAUGGAAAUUACCCUCCGGGGCUCCCGUCAUACCGCAGGUUCUUUUGAAUUCUGUCGUUGCUUCACUCCAGCGCUUCGGUGUUCGGCAAAGAAAACAAUAUGCCGAAGAUGCCUGCAAAUACUGGACUCUCAAGCGAGAGGCGCGGCGCGGUGCAGCGCUUCUCAAGCGCCUACAGUUGCAACUAGAAACUUUCUCCUCCAUGGAAAUGACGCGGAGGGAUUACUCUGCUAUGGGAGCGACGGGCGGCAAGCGACUCCAACGGCGCAUCGAAUUUGGCGAACGCUUGUAUCGAGACUUGGACCGGCUACGAAUGCUGUGCGAUGAGGUAAAGAAACGCGAGAGGGAGAAGUUGAAGGAUGCCGAGAUGCUUCGGAGUAUCGUAGAUACCGUCUACUUCCCGAUCUUCCCUCUACUCUGGCCGAUAUUCGAGAAGGCGCAAGUAUUGGAUAGCAAAGGUUUCUUCAGGCAGGGACUCUUUGCAAUACGCACCAAGCUGGAGCAACGCUACUAUCCGUCCGUGUCCUCCUUCUCGGCUCACCUAGCCGGCAUCUUCACCUCGGAGAUUGGAGUCCAGCCAGCCGGAGAUACAGCAGAGCUUCAGAUGCAGAUUAGUGGGCGUGCUCCUGAACUUAGCUUGGAGCAGCGCGAAAAGAGAAAGACUGCAAAGCGGAUCAUUAAAUCUAUUCAACCAGCGCUGGAGGAUGCAAUCCGCAAAGAGAGCGAAUUGAAUCGCCAGCCUUACGAGCAAGAGCUUAAGGACUUAGACGUCAUGCUUGGGGACAUCUCGACUGCGAGAGGCUCCGAAGUUGAUUCCGCAGAACGCGCAGGCGAAGAGACUUUUGAGAAGCCUGAGAAGUCAGAACAGUCCGAGCAAGCCGACUCCAAUGAUGAUGAUGCCGACAAAAUGGAUGUUGAUAUCGAUUCUACGGCCAAAGCAGAGCCCAGCGAGGAAGCUCUGCAGAGCACCGAGGCGAACACUCCCGAAGCAGAAACUUCUCAGUCUGCCGAACCCCAGGUCGCUGAAGCAGCUGUUACGGAUGCCUCGGCGGAUGCACCGGUUACGAACAAUACUUCUACUGUCCAGCCUGCGGACGAAACUCAAUCAGUAGAUGCUUCUGAAGCAGCCGACAAAGCGGAAGAAUCAACAAGAACAUCAGAACAAGCGAAUCAGGUUCCUUCAGUGCCCUUAUCGCCGCCGGCCCUUGAAACCGAUCAGCAUCACUCUCUGGCCCAGGGAGGCAUCCAAUGGUAUAUGCAGCCAUUCGAUCCUGUGGGAACUACGAUACAUGAUGAGCGAUGGACAGGCCGGGAGGUCAUGCGUGGCCUGAGUGAGGAGCUCAGCGAAUUGGAUGAGGAGGAACUUAACGAUCUAGUAGAUGAUGAUGAGCUGGAAGAGAACGCGGCUGCGGCUGGCGCUUCCACCAACGGCGUCCCAGACAGUUCAGGCGGGGAGCCAGGGGUCAAGGUCCAUCGGACUCGGCGUCGAUGGCGUGGCUUCAAAUGA